ACCAAUUGUUCUCUAUGAUUGCGAAGUUUGGAGAGGCAACAUGUCAAAAUAGCCUAUAAGACUGGCAACUGGUGACCUUACUGCCUAGGGUUUCGGGAAACCUUCAGGGUUUAAUAAAUAGCUAAAAAUAUUGAAGGAAAAAUAAGACUGGUAUUCAACUCACUUCACAUCCAAUUCACCAAUAGAGUCAUGAUAAAUGAAGUCCAGUCAAGUGUAAUGUGGAAACAGCAACUCGAUUAAUGGAGUAUGCGAUAUCAUUGCUCUUACUCACAUAAAGGGAUGCAGAAAAAACCCUAGAUACAGGUGAGUCAUGAGUCGCUCACAAUCUGGUUCUGCUCUUUCAGCGCACAUUUUGAAGGCGCUUUGCAAGAAUAUACAUAGAUGCGAGAAAAUAAGGAAGAUUUCAGGUCAGUCAGUUCCUAAUCCAUUGCCAAGCAACCAUUUCAAUUAUUCCUCUAUUUUCAAUGUUAAUUCAAGGAAGUAUUCAGCGGAAGCUUCCAAAGACCAGAAAACACCAGCAGACAAUAAUAAUAACAAUAACCCUAUUGUCUCUGAUGCAUCCAUCCCUCCUAGUGAAAGGGUUUUAAGGCUUGUAGAUGACAUUGCUGGCCUCACAUUGAAUGAAGUAACUGACCUCACUGACGUUCUUAGGAUGAAGUUUGAUAUUAAAGAAAUGCCCAUUAUGACCAUGAUGAUGCCGGGGAUGGGAAUGCCAAUAAUGCCUGGGGAUGGUGCCAAGGCAGGGGCGGAAGCGAAGCCUGAAGAAAAGCAGGCUGCCAAGAACUUUUUUGAUUUGAAGCUUGAAAGUUUUGAAGCAGCUUCUAAGAUUAAGGUUAUCAAGGAAGUUAGGACGUUUACUGAUUUGGGGCUCAAGGAGGCUAAAGAAUUGGUGGAAAAAACUCCUGGGCUUUUGAAGAAAGGGGUUUCUAAAGAAGAGGCUGAGCAGAUAAUUGCCAAAAUGAAGGAUUUGGGUGCUAAAGUUGUCAUGGAAUAGUUUCAGUCGUUUCCCCCAACUUGAACGGAAACAGGUCGUGGCUUGUUUGGGCAGGAAGCGUAUUGACUUAAUUGGAUUAGAUUUAGAUUUUUGACAAUCCUAUUCAAUAAUUCCAACUGGCAUAGUCUAAAGAGCAAGUUUCUUUCGUGAUUA